GCAGUUAUACAUGCUACAAGUUUCUUAAUAGCAUUAGCUAUUAUAGCUGAAACAUUAAAAUGUGGAUUGGACAUACCAAUUGUUAUAGAUGUCAGUUGCAGUAUAAGCAAUGAAAACAAAACUGCAAUGCAACAAACAAUCCCAAAUAUAGCAUUCCAACUAAAUACUUUAACUGGGUGUGGUGACUAUGCGUUAGAAAGUAGAAUGACAGUUAUCACAUUUGCCCGAGAACUGAAACUCCAAUGGAGCCUGAACGCAGUCGAUAGUUGUAGCAGCUUAGAAAGACAUCUCACUGGUGUGGAUUUAUUGAGACCGAUGGGGUGUAAUACUAAAACGAGUGAAGCCAUAAAAAUUGCAUAUCAGGAACUUGUCAGUAGCAAACGUCCAAACAA